AUGGCUAGGCCUCAGUUAUCCAUGCAGCUACUACGGCGUCGAAGGCUAUUACCGCAGUCAUUGACUAUCAGAAAGUUCAGUUCAUCUAUGAGAUUGCAAGAGGUAAAACCAUUUCUAUUGGCGGAUAUCGGUGAAGGAAUACGAGAAUGUGAGGUUAUACAAUGGUUCGUUGAGGCGGGAGCAAGGGUAGAGCAAUUCGAUAAGCUAUGCGAGGUCCAGAGUGAUAAGGCUUCGGUAGAAAUCACUUCGCGAUUCGAUGGUGUGAUUAAAAGGCUCCACUACGAAGCAGGGGAUAUGGCGAUAGUUGGAAAGCCACUUGUUGAUAUCGAUAUUCAAGGAGAAAUAAACGACACAUCACAACUUGGGUCAGCUGAACUUGAAGCUAUCUCUGAAACAAAGACAGCAGAACCACAUCAGUCGUCGCAUGAAGCAAUCCCAACACAGCCUUCGGGAAGACAUGCGUCAGUCGCAACACCAGCAGUAAGGCAUUCGGCGAAGGAGCACGGUGUUGACAUAACUCAGGUUUCGGGCACCGGAAAGGAUGGACGGGUGCUGAAAGAAGAUGUCGUGGCAUUCAAGAAGCGUCGGGAUUCUGGAGAACUGCCACCGCCAAUGGCUGAUAUCCCUAGGACGGUUCCAGUGACUGAAGAACAGAAGGUGGCUCUUACACCUAUUCAAACCAUGAUGUUUAAGACAAUGACCAAAAGCUUGUCGAUUCCACAUUUUCUUUACUCCGACGAGAUUCAUCUAGAUCCUCUUGUGCGAGCUCGAACCGUCAUCAACACAUCUCUGAGUAAAGAUUCGGUGGUGCAUAAAAUAUCUUACAUGCCCUUUAUCAUCAAGGCCGUUUCUCAAGCCCUCGAAUCCUACCCUAUCAUCAACAGCCGCCUUGAUACUGACGACGAGAAACCGCAACUAGUAUUACGCCCCCAACACAACAUUGGAGUUGCUCUGGAUACGCCUAUUGGCCUUAUUGUACCAAACAUAAAGAACGUCAGAAGUCUGAGCAUUUUGGAGAUCGCAGCUGAGUUAAGAAGACUCCAAGCAGCUGGAGCUGAAGGAAAGCUCUCCCCAGCUGAUUUGCAAGGCGGAACAAUCACCGUGAGCAAUAUUGGAAACAUCGGGGGUACAGUUGUGGCCCCAGUGAUUGUUCCCAGCGAGGUGGCUAUUCUGGGUAUGGGCCGCGCGCAGACGAUUCCUGCCUUUGACAAUAAUGGCACUGUAGUCCCCAAAACAAUCAUUAACGUUUCAUGGUCGGCGGACCACCGCGUAGUUGAUGGUGCAACUAUGGCAAGAAUGGCAGCCCUGGUGAAGUCCUUCCUUGAGGAGCCUGAGUUAAUGAUGGCCAGGUUGAAAUAA